CAUCCUUCCAUAUUGAUUACGUAAUCUGUUUUCGGUACUUGGGACGUCUGAGUUAAACCGCUGCAGAGAUCUCAGAGCCAGGUCGCUCAUCUUAUCCGUCAGCCAAUUCCGCCGUCCUGCGCGCUCUGUCACCUACCCGAUACCUCUUGGCAUUAUAAAGGGUCUAUAAUGGCUGUUGUUGGGGUUGCAUAUGGCAACCUCGGUGCAUACCACGGCGGCGCUACUACCGGGGAUGACCUCCAGGCUGCGCAGGUACCCGAAGAGUCGACGAUCACAACGUUCUUCUGCCGAGCCUUGUACGACUACCAGACUCAAGACUCCUCUUCCCUUUCCUUCCGCAAGAACGACAUUAUCGAGGUUUUGACUCGACUAGAAUCCGGAUGGUGGGAUGGUUUACUCGGAGAUGAGAGGGGAUGGUUCCCUUCAAAUUACGUUACGAUAAUUUCAGACGAGGAGGCCGAACUAGCGUUGUCCGCAGUUGAGGACCAACAAGAAGUACAACCGAACGUUAUGGGGAUGAACGUCACUGGGGAAGCAUAUGCAUCGGAUGCUAGUUGGGGCGGUGAGCCCGCAAACAUACCGGGUAUAUUCGUUGAGCAUGGGAACACCGUGUCUAACGGGGGUGUGACAUCUAGUGAUUUCUGGAUGCCUCAGGUCACAGUCGAUGGACAGAUUUACUACGUUAACACCCAGACUGGUCAACAUUCGCGUGAUCUUCCUCUCGAGGUGGAUGAAACUUCGGAUGGGGAUCUCGCAGCCUUGGCCGUUUCUCAGCCCAGUUCUCGUACAGGAAAUGGUGCUGGUCUUGGUUUCACUGCACUGACAGAGAGUAGCCUCGCUGGCUUCGGUGUUCCUAAGCGGACUGGGACGCCCGAACCCUGGGUCAGAAAGCUUGCUGACGAUGGCAUAGCUUAUUAUUUUUUGAACAAGCGUACUGGAGAGGUGAGCUGGUCGCUGCCGGACGGCGAUGCGCCAGUCACCAAGGGUCGCACCCGUGCACUGACCGGUUCUUCGACAACUCCGGCCUUCAAUGAAACUAAGGCGACCAGUCGUAUGCGCUCAGACUCCGCAACAUCGCAAUCGCGGGGUAGACGGGAUCCAUACCAACAUAUUUCCGACCAUGUCAGCGACUCAGAUGACUCCGGUCUCUACUCUCCGGAUCAAGAGGACGGACUUUCCACAAGCGGGUAUUCUCGGAGCAGUGAAAGGGAUCGAUCCCAGGAUGCGACCGCUGGGCGCGCUCAGGCUAUAGAACUCACUGCGGCAGAGAGGAUAGCUCAGUCUCUACAAGAGACCCUUGCGCCACCCUCGCCAGAUCUGGUUUCUGAUCUGUGUCACGUCGCACGUGACGCGGUUGCCUCUGUCCUGCGAAAGAACCAAUCCUUCAGCGGGGUGCCUCGCCAGCCGGAACAUAGCCAAGCACUCGACGGUCUGAUUAUGAAUGUCGUUGCUGCUGUUCGCAACCUCCUGUACAUCUCCACCUCAAUCCCUGGACACAUACCAAACCAUGUUAUCCCCCCAGAUCCUCGGGACCGAAGUGAAGCUACCGCUUCUCAGGCCCUUCUUAAGCCCGCACAACGCAAAGUGACGGCCACUUUAUCCAAACUUGUCUUAUCCGCCCGGGCAAUGGAGUAUGAUUCAGGGCCAGCCGCUCACGACGUUGCCACUCGCAUCCAAAACGAUGCAGAGGAACUCGACCGGGCUAUUGUCACAUUCGUUGCAGAGGUACAACGAUAUUACAGUGAGCACCAGCGUGAAGGUACAGGAACCAAGCGCAUUCAAGGGUUCUUCUCCACCCUCUAUCUUGGCCUGGGAUUGGUCGGUGCCGGUUGCGCGGGUACCUGGAAAGGGUUUGGUUGGGUUCCGAUGGAUGAUACCGAGGAAAUACCCGAACGAAUACUGGGUGUUGACAUUUUUGCUGAAUUCAAGACACACAUGGCUUCGGUACAAGCCAAGUUCGGCACCCUCCACAGUGCUUUGAAGAAUAAGGGUAGCGGUUCGCAAUAUGCAGUAUGGGCUGCAGGCAAAGAAGUCGUAAGCGGACUUGCGACCCUACUAUUAUUUGUCGGAAAUAUCCAUGUUGCAAGACAUGUAGACAUCGACGGCUUCUACAUCCAAACUGCUGACGCUGAGCAUGGUGUUUCGUAUGGCCAAACGGUUGAAAGCGCUCGGAUACUGACCCGCACUUUGGAAGCCGUUGCUCAGUGGUUGUAUGAUGAUGCGUCAACUUUGCUAUUGCUCAUACAAAGUGUAAGGAGCUCAACGGGAAGGAGUUACUGGCAAGACAAGGAUGCUCACUACGAAAUGUUGGACUCCAUCGCGACUUGGCUGAAGUCAAACUUGCAGUUUCUCUUGCAGACCCUCGAUGCUCUUCUAGAGCUUGGGCAUACACAGGCCGAAAUAGCUCAAGGAGAUUAUCAGGGCGCGAUUGAAUGGCGGAUGUCGCGUCUUAGCUUCAUGGACAGCCACUUCGACGUUCGUCCCAUGUCUAUCCUCAACCCUGCAGACCCAGAGAGCGAAGACCUAGUUGACAUCGAAAUUGCGCUUGGCGGCGCUGUUGGGAGGGUGCACAAUGAUCGUGUUCCGACGUUCCGCAGCCAAUCUCAGUUAUCCGACACGACAAUUACCCUCACCGAUCGGACUCUCCGUGAUUCGCGAAGUAUCUAUGACCCUUCCGUGUCCGCCCACACGUUGGUUCCGUCGGAGACGCACCGAGACGCACCGUCAAUGAACGAUUCUACGUUAUUGCUAGAGGAUAGUUCUCCGAUGGCCAGGGCAACGUCCAAUGCGCAGAAGAUCAGAAAGAUCCUUGGAGACGAUGCCCCGGAGCAUUUAACAACUACCAAACCGUGGUAUUUGCAGCCCGACUAUACGAAGGAAGAGAUAAUCAUCGACGUGGGUGGCGCCGUUAGGGCUGGAACGGUCCCUGCGCUAGUGGAGCGCCUUACAACUCACGAAACUGGAGACACGAAUUUCAUUAAAACUUUUCUCAUGACUUAUAAGUCUUUCACGACUUUGGGCGAACUCUUCGAUCUACUAGUGAAGCGCUUUUAUAUAAAGCCUCCUGAGGGCUUGUCACCCUCAGAGUUGGAACAGUGGCGAAGACUUAAACAACACAUCAUCCAGACGCGGGUAUUAAAUACCAUCAAAACAAUGAUUACAGAUGAUGACUUCCUUGAAAAGGAAGACAUGUAUAUUCUCGAUCGCAUGAAGGAGUUUCUGCUGCGUUUAGACGAGACUUCACAAAAGACUAUGGCGACCCACCUUCUAACUUUGAUUGAGCGUGCUCGAACCGGCGGGCUAAAGAAGACGAUAACUCCAAACCUGGUGUCACCCCCAACAUCAAUCAUGCCGAAAACGAACAAGAAACUUAAACUACCUGACAUUGAACCCCUGGAGCUCGCGCGGCAAUUGACAAUAAUGGAAAGCCACCUUUAUCAGAAAAUUCGGCCUAUGGAAUGUCUUCAAAGGGCUCGAGAACAGAAGACUGAACAUCACGACAAUAUCGCCCGAGUCAUCCAAACUAGCAACAGAAUUGCCAAUUGGGUCGCAGAUACUGUCCUCAGCCACGAAGAUUCAAGGAAACGGGCCACAGUUAUAAAGCAAUUUAUCCUUGUUGCCGAUCGUUGCCGAAACCUUCACAAUUAUUCCAGCAUGGUCGCCAUCGUAUCUGGUCUCAACUCACCGCCCAUCCGUCGACUGAAACGGUCGUGGGAGCAAGUUAACUCGCGCCACCUGACACAACUAAAUAACUGCGAAAUGACCAUCGACUCUGGAAAGAACUUCAAUAAUUAUAGGUCGACGCUAGCAAAAGUAGCUCCUCCUUGCGUACCCUUCAUUGGUGUCUUCCUCACUACUUUGACUUUCAUCCAAGAUGGUGCCAAGGACACUUUACCAGCAAAUUUGGUCAAUUUCCGUAAGCGCCAGAAGGCUUCAGAAGUCAUACAAGAUAUCCAACGUUGGCAAACUAUACCCCACCACUUUCAUCCGCUUGCCUCGGUUCAGGGGUACCUGGAGGAAUCGCUUAAUAAAUUCAAUGACCAGGUUGACGUUGGCGACAUGUUUUGGAAUCUUAGUCUUGAGCGGGAGCCCCGAGAGAGGGAGGAUGAGAGGAUGGCACGCUUGCUGCAGGAGAGUGGGUUUUUAUGAGCAGCGCUUGGUUAGAGCCGGUGCUAUGCAACUAUUGCCUGUAUUAUUUGUUUCCUUCGCUUUCGGUUCAUGUUGUACAGCUAUUAUACGGAGGACCGCUUCCACC